GGGGUGGGGGUGAAGAUGUAGAUGGAGACGGGGGGGGCUCCGGUGGCGGCUCUGUCUCCAUGCAGGGGAUGGGGACGCUGCGGCUGGGGAGCCGUGCCGUCAUGUACACGGCCGAGACCCUGCCCAAGGGCAAGAACCGAGUGAUGGGGACUAUCCAGAUCAUGACCGGCUUCAUGCACAUUGGCUUCGGUAUCGUCCUGACCACACUCACCAAUGUCUACUCCUCCAUCUUCAUCACCGGCGAGAUCCCUUUCCUGGGCGGUGUGUCUUUCAUCAUCUCGGGCUGCCUGUCCAUUGGGGCAGAGAAGAGUCCCACAGAGUGUGCGGUGAAGGGCAGCCAGGCCACGAACAUCAUCAGUGCCAUCUUUGCGCUCCUGGGCAUCGUCGCCUUCAUCAUUGACCUCAACUUCAACGGGCUGUACCGCUCCAGCGAUGACUACUACAGCUACCUUGUCCUGCUCGCAGGGAAUGGCAUCUCCAUCGUGCUGCUCAUCUUCACCAUCCUGGAGUUCUGCAUUGCUGUCGCCACUGCCAACUUCUGGUGCCGGGCAACACGCCUCAGCCCCAACGAGGCCAUGCUGAUUGUGCCCAGCACCACCAGAGUGGACCUGGCCGUGGUGCAAGCAGAGCUGCCACAGCCGCCCAGCUACUCAGAGCUGGCAGCUCCUGAAGCAUAGCUGGGCAGAAAGGAUGUCCCAGGAGCCACCUGCAGCCCCAGGGCAUCGGCACCUCCUCUUGCUGCACUGCAGGCUGGGGCAUGCUUGUAGCCCCCAAACUUAGCCCCGUUCUGCCCACCCCCUCCCCAUCCCUUCCUGACCCCCAUACCCCACCCAGCUCUCACCUCCUGGCUGCUCUGGGGAGGGACUGGGGUGGUCCUGCCCCUUUACCCCAGCCAGGUGCUGGGCGCCGCACAGCAGCCGGACUCAUUCCGUUGUCAGCUCAGCCCCUGCUGGCUUCAUUUUCUCUUGAAAAUAAAAUAAUAAAACGCUGUGGCCA